AUGAGCGCGGACUCUGGAAAAUGUGCAGCGUGUUGCGUUGAGCACUGCCUCUGUAAGCGCGAAGCCGUUUUCCGAGCUCACCAAGUUCACUGCGUUGAGGUCGAGAACGAGCCAACGCACCCCGAGCUAUUCCGGAACGAGUGGGUGCGAGUCUACGCAGGCAUCCUCGCAAUAGGGAACUGUACCUUGUUCCAUAGGCACACGAGAGAUACCCUAUACGUGACGCUUCGAGACGCAAGCCUACUGAAUGAAUACUUUGUGGACCCGUCGCUUCGAGAUGCGCACACAAAGACCUACCGACACGAUGCGAGGCGUUUCGAGGUCUUUGGGCGGUGGCACGCUACCGACCAGAACCCACUUGUCCACCGGGUGUGUUAUCCGUCGGACUGGGCGAAAUCGCUUGCCGACCGCAGCGCUUCUCCUACAACACUCUUUAUUGGAAUCGAGUUUCUGGCGUAUCCUGAAGUGAGUCCAGCACUUAUCGUCGCAGACGCUGUCCGCAUCGAGAGCGUCGCGGAGUACCUGCAGGAGCCGAGUAGUCCACGUAUGCGUCUCUGGCGUCUUCGCGAAAACCUUGAAGCGAUUCGAUUGCCUUUUCACUGUGUUGUGAUCGAGUGGAGCUCGCCUCUGGAUGAGCACUGGGAUACAACUGAUCUCGCAACAUUAAUGAAGCUCACUGCUAGUCGAGUGCGAUUCGUUCCGGCUGGUGUGCAGCAGCUGCGCGUGUUGGCUAAUACGCUCGUGGUAGAGCUGAGGUCAAGAACCGAUCCAUCUUGA